ACGUCAGUCAGUUGUCUGUCACGCGUAUGACGUUAGUUCUUGUGAUCACUGGACCAAACCAGCGCUAAUAACACGCAAAUUGUUGUGAUUGUAAGCCCUGUUCCUGCUCAAAUUACGUAAUUAAGGUGUUAGUGUAGUGCGAAAGCGAUGGGAAACCACCACAGCCAUGAUACAAAGGGCGGGGGAGAUCAAUCAGGUAGUGGAACUAGCACGCCGCGAGGUUCCCAGCGAGGUGCUGGCUCUCGCUCUGGUUCUGGUGGUGACUUGCAAGGCCUAGCCGAGGCUAAGGAGAAGCCUCCGCCGUCUAUGGUGCCCGUGGAGAAGCUCGGCAAGUUACUAGUCCAGAGGUCACAAAAAGAAGAUGGAGUUAACGGAGUCACAGAGAACUCGUUCACAAAAUACCUGUUCCCGAUGUAUCCUGAGCUGGCGCGGCAGUUCUUCAAGUACAUCCACCGCGUGGGCAAGUGCAAGAACAAGCACAUCCCGCUGUCCACGUUCCGGCAGCAGUGCGAGAAGAUACUGGCCAUGCUGGACGACGCCAUGAUCAUCGAGACUUACGUCAGGAUGUUCGCUGCAGAGACGGACGAGAACAUGGUGACGCCCGACGGGCUGCGCAGUCUGCUCUACACCAGCUACAAGCUCUCCAUGGACCACUACCCUGAGGGGCCGCAGACUUGUCUCAUGAUCAACAAGACGUUGUCCGUAGUGGUGAACGGUUGCUUCAACAAGAAGGACAUGCACAGCGUCGGCUUCGUGGUGCGCUGGCUGGAGGAGCACUGUCACAGACUUAUAUUCCCCGUGCAUAGGUACUGCGUGCACAUGCUGGCGACGCGGCACCGCGACAUCGCGGCGUGCGUGGAGUCGAGCGGGUCGGGGUCGGGGCUGGAGCUGGCCACGCCGGUGCUGGAGCGCGGCGCGUGGCAGGCGGCCAGCGCGCUGCUGCCCGUGUCCGUGGCCUGGCUGCUGGCCGGCACGGCGCCGCCGCUCUACUCGCGCCCCACGCAGCCCCCGCCGCAGCCGGCCGCAGGCGGCGGGCUGGCGUCGGCGGCGUGGCUGGCGCGGCUCGUGUGCGCUGUACCGUCCCACUGGGCGCAGCUGUACGCCUCGCGGGACCACGGCCUCGCGCACAACCGGUUCCUGCACCACACGCUCGCGUACAGGGGUCCGACGAUAGUGCUGAUCUCGGGCGGCGAGCUGGUGGUGGCGCUGUGCGCGGCCCAGGAGUGGCGGGAGACGCACCAGUACUGGGGGGGCGCCGACUGCGCACUGCUGCAGAUACAGCCCACGUUCUCAGUAGUAGAGAAGGGUCCGAAGAUGUUGUACCUGAACACCGCGAUCCGUGGCUACCCGAAGGGUCUCCGCGCCGGCUCCGACCCUCGCAAGCCGUUGCUCGUCAUACCGGAGGACUUCGACUCCGUCACGUUCAAGGGAGUGCCCUAUCCUCUAGAGGCUAUUGAGGUGUGGGGUUGCGGCGACCAGUCGUCCCGCGAGGUACAGCUGGAGAUCAAGAAGUGGCAGGUCAAGGAGGCGGAGAGGCAACGAUGUGUGAAGUUGUCUGCGGCGGACUGGAUGGAGCACCCCGACCGCUACCUGCUGGAGCUGGCCGGCCGCCCGCAGUACAACAACUCCGCCAGCUAGUCUACACUGCACUACACUACACUACACUACACUACACUACACUACACUACACGCACACUGCCUGCUGGCGGAGCGAGACGACACGAUGUCUCGCAGUCCCACGCUCAAACGAUACGUCAGUAAGGAUCACUGUGUUUAGUACAGGGUGUGAUGAAUUAUGUAAGACCUUGUAAGUCAUGUUUCUCUGGUGGUCCAAUUGCUUUUGUUCUGCAUAGUAAGGUUCAUUCAAAUAUAUAAUUAUGACUUACGUGAACUAAUGGAGAACAGCUCAAUGUAUAGCUUUGUUUUAGCACUUUUGACAAAUUGUGACACAAAUCUCAUCAAUGUUUAUUUAUUUAAGGUAAUUUUAAAUUCUCUGUUUUGAUUUUCAAGUGCUGAAACAAUACAUGAUUAGUUUUCCCUGAAACAGUGCCUAUAAGGUCUUACAAUUUACAGUUUGUGUACCAAGUCAACAUUAUAAUGAUUUAUUCGGUUUGUGUUCAUAUGUCGCUAACACACAAUUACGUCGCCUCGCUGUAUCUUAUCUGAUUGUUGAGAAAACGAGUGCAUGUAUGUUUGUAUAAUUUUAUUGACGGUUGAUUUACUCCAGCGUGGACUAAUUGUCCAGUAUAUGUAACGUUAGCCGCUCCGCCGAUGGCCUACAAGGAGUUGUUCAAACUAUUAUUGGUUUGCGGUCGAAAUUAAAAACCGUAUCCCGAUUCAAUAAUUGGGGAUUAUGAUCGAUUUCUGACAGGAACACCAAGUAAUAUAUCGUAAUUUGGAUUGACACAAGUAAUUAGUUGGUAAUGUAGUGAUAUCCAUCAAUACGUUUGAAUGUAAGUGAAAUAGUUUCCUCAACAAUUUACUCAACGUGUCACAAGUAUCCAUCUUGUUAUUGCAAAGUAAAUUAAACAUUAUAGUGACGUAAUUUUAUAUAACCACUGAUUUAUAUUUCUAUAUUAAGUAUACAUACAGUGAUAUUAUGGGGUCUGAGCUAAUGAUAAUUACUAGAGAAAGCCAAUGAUUGUUGUUCCUUUGUGUCAAAGUUAUAUUUAUGUAUGAGGUGUCUUACAGUGCUUGCUUGAAACUCGCACAUAACUGGGGCUUCUGACGAAUGGGGCUACAGUAGAGACGUUUGUCCAGUCUUUAAAGCUGUCAAAUAUUGAUCGUCCAAUGAGUGAUAGGUUCUCUCCGAACACCGCGAGCAGACCUGGCGCGGCCCACGGUGGCCAGUGUAAGUUCGGUAAGUAUGUUAAGUUCAAUGGUACAAUGUGUCUCCUCCCGCCCGAUGCGGAGCAGGGACGACCCACGCAGCCACGGCCUGUCAUCACCUGCACCAGGCGGAAGAAAUGGAACAUUGAACUUAACUCACCUUUAAUCUUAAACAAAUAGGGUCUUUUAACCGACUUCGAAAAUAAAGGCUCAGGCGUUUUGCCCACAAGGUCCCCCAUUGCACCAAGUAGAAGGGUGUUUAAGGUUCAAGUAAAGCAUUGUAAGACAUCGUAAGUAUGUGUGCUUCCCAUUGGUCGGCCUUUCGUAGUACACGUAGAGUAACGUAGAGGUAUCAUGUAAUAUCAGUGUAUUCAAUAUGUAUAUCGAAUUAUAACUAUGUACGUACGACGCGUACCUUUCAUCUAGGCGAAAUUAUCGUAAAGUUGAUAAAUACGUCAUGAUAUUUAUAAUAUUAGAAUAUUUACUAUUAUUAUUACAUAUCUAAUUUUAUUAAUUAUAAUGAACUAAACAUUGUUGUAUGGUAUGUAUUUAGCAGUAAUUACAGACCUGGCAUUACCGUCCGCCAUUUUGAAAAAUCAAUGUUGCCAGUGGUAAUAUAUCUACUUACUGAAACUCCAAGUCUACAGGCGUACUGGUACUCAUAGCUAUGUAGAUCUAUGUGAUUAGAGAUAAUUUAUAAUCGAUAUCUAAACAUUUCAAUUAUUUAUACAUAAGAAUGUUUAUAUUUCUGUGUCUGUAUUCUAUUCACAAAUACAAAUUGAGGGCAAGUGUGAUUUGUUUGUUGUUAACGCAAUCGAAACGUUUAUGACGUUCUGCGCUCUAAUUGGCUGCUACAACUUGACCCACCAAUCAGAGGGCCAAACGACGUAACGUUUCGAUCGUGUUAACGUAUUUAAAACAAACUCGCAGUAGCACUUUGUUCAUUGUAUUUACUAAUUCAUUAAGUACUUAUAUUGUUUCGUACUUAAACAUGUGUGUCUCCUAUAAUGUAAAAUGUUCAUUUCUUCGUGUUUAUGAUAAAGUUUUAUUCUUCUCUCACAAAAAGUUGUUCAUAAACUAUUGUUGAGAACUAGCGUAAUUUGUUGUUAGUGUAUUAAAAUAUACACGGAAAAGAAAUGUACCUUGUUAUAAUCAUUGCGACGUAAGCACUCUUAGUAACUAGGCUGAAUAAUCGUGAUACCUAACCAGUGGCAACACAUUGAAAGCCCUAAUUCGUAAGUGUUGCCAGAUGUAAAAUAUAAUAUGUAAUGUCAUGACAUGUAGCAAGAUUGUACUUGCCAACUAUAUUUAUUGCAGUUUUAUUUAUACAAAAUGUAUAACGAAGUAAGGGCAAAUGUGUUUGUGUGUAAAGCCACAUGAUUGGUGGAAGUUUUAGUAUAAUAUUUGUAACUGUGUGGGUAUCUCAGACUUAGGUUAACAUAUUAUUCAAUUGGUCAAUUGAACAACACACUCAGUGGUUGGUCCUAUUUCAAAUAGUUAUUCAAAGUGUAAGCAGACAUGCUACAUUAAGUUGUCACCAAAGUAACUUACGUCACGUAAGACGCAUUUUAAUAGAACGAGCUUCAAGUUUAUAAACGUUCCUAUCAUAAGCCAUAAACGCGAGUCACUUAGGGAGUUAGUAACACUCAGUAAUGGUGUUAUAUUUUAUUUUGUUAUUUUAUAAAUGGACCAAAAUGUUUUAAUAAUAUUGCACUAGACUAAGCGGAAUGUUUUUGUAGGUAAGAAUAAGUUUUACGUAAAUGUUUACGAUCUCAAACUUCUGGCGGGAGCUUUUUGUAUCUUUUUUUGUCGUCGAACCAAAUCCAAGUUUGUGGUUAGAUGUGACAUUGGUUGGAGACAAGUCCUCGUCGCCCGUAACCUCUAUUGAUAUUAUUUGAGAUCGCUGUAAGACUUUCGACUUUGUGUUCAGUUUAACGAGGGUUGUAGUGCAAGAGUUAGUUAGCAAGACAUCACAGGCAUCAGCUUGACGUAACACUGCACAGUCAUUAACAUGCGCUUCGUAACAUUGUAUUGUAGGUGCUAUAUGAAUGCUUUUGUUGAUAAGGAUUUUGUGUAUUAUACAUGUAAAUUGUAAUAAUAAAUCAAAUAUUUUAUUAUAA